AUCUGUUCCUUAAUUCUCUCUCUCUCUCUCUCUCUCUCUCUCUCUCGUUCUUUUAUUUUCUUUGGCAGUUGAAUCAAGAUAUGAGUUCGAAUGGUACCAACCUAGAUAGAAUUAUAAAGACAGAAAGAAAGUUGAAUAUAUUGUUUGGAUUUUCUCCUCCUCCUUAAUCUCCUGACACGCGCACAUACAUAUAUAGCUACCUCUUUGAAAUCUCAUUUCACAGGACGGGAGCAAUUUGAUUUUGACAAACAUCAUGAGUUCGUGUGUGGGGACGAUUCUCAGUUCUCUCAAAGAACCCGUGAUGAAGCAUGGGGCUUAUGUGUUUCAAUACGAGGAUCUGGUCCACCGACUGGAAAAAGAAAAUAGGAGGCUCGGUGAAAAAAAGGAGAGAAUCCAGCGACUGGUGGAUACAGCCACACGCAAUGGGAGAUUCAUUGAAACUGAGGUCUCCAGUUGGCUAGGGGAAGUAGAACAGAUGGAACGAGACAUCGCCAACUUCCUGCGUCAACAAGAGAACAGAGAACAGAUGGAACGAGACUUCGCCAAUUUCCUGCGUCAACAAGAAAACGGAGAACAGAUGGAACAAGACUUCGUCAACUUCCUGGGUCAACAAGAAAACGGAGAACAGAUCAUGGAACGAGACUUCGCCAACUUCCUCCGCGAACAAGAAAACGGAGAACAGAUGGAACGAGACUUCGCCAAUUUCCUGCGUCAACAAGAAAACGGAGAAUCUUUCAAGUGUUUUCCGGGCUGCAUGUGUCCCAACUUACUGUGGCGUCACAAGAGGGGUAAGGAUGCUGACGACAAAAUGUCGGAGGUCACUAAACUCAUAAGUAGGGGUGAGCUGCUACAGACGCCACCAGUGGCACGCGAUGCACCUUUCCAAUCGGAGCCGCUCUUUGAUUCUUCUCAGUAUUACACCACGUUCCCAUCAAGAGCUUCAGUUUUUGAGGAAAUCAUGGAGGCUUUGAAGGAUUCUGGGGUUGACAUGAUUGGGGUCCAUGGGCCUGGUGGUGCUGGGAAGACGACGAUGGUGAAAGAGGUUGCCAAAGAAGCUAGGAAACUAGGAAUUUUUUUUAAGAUUGUGAUUGUAGUUGUGUCUAAAGAUCCAAACACCUCAAAGCUACAAGAAGAUAUUGAAUCCCAACUGGAACUCAGGUAUGAACGAACAAGUGAGUCAGGAAGAGCGGAUGAGUUACGAAAGGCAUUGUUAAACGGGAAGAAGAUAUUGGUAAUAUUGGAUGACCUUUGGCAAGGACUAGACUUGAAUGCAAUUGGUAUUCCUAUUUCGGGCCCUAGCCACAAAGAUUGCAAAAUUUUGCUAACCUCGCGUAGAAAAGAUGUCUUCAAAGUGAUGGGCGUUCAUUCAUAUUUUUCCGUUGGGUACUUGGAGGAGAACGAAGCAUGGGAGUUGUUUACAAAGGUGACAGGAGAUUUUGGAGUCGAUGAAUUGAUAGCAAGAGAGGUGAGCAAGAAAUGUGGAGGUCUGCCUAUCGCUAUCGUUGCAGUUGCAGCUGCAUUAAAGGACGAGGAAGAGGUUGAGUGGCGCAAUGCACUUCUCCAAUUAAAGAAUUCCCCCCUAAAAUACAUUGAAGAAAUUGAUCCAGUGGGUUAUACCCCCUUGAAGUGGAGCUAUGAUUUUCUAAAAGACGAGGAUGCAAAGUCGUGUUUCUUGCUCUGCUGUUUGUUCCCUGAAGAUGCUCAGAUUUCUAUUGAUGACUUGGUUAAAUAUAGCUUUGCCUUGGGGUUCCUUGGAAGGGUGGAUACGCUGAAAGAUGCAAGAAUUCAAGUACAAGCCAUGGUUAAUAAGCUGAAAAGGUCUUGCUUGUUACUGAAUGGAAUAAACGAGUAUUAUGUCUCAAUGCAUGACGUUAUUCGUGACCUUGCAAUUUCUAUCACAGAGGUGAAGCAAACAGAACACGGAGUUGGUCGUGAUUGGCCAGGGCGACAACAGUUCAUGGUAAAUCACGAAAUUCGAGAGUGGCCGAAGAAUGAUGCCUGGAAGCAGCACACAGCAAUCUCAUUAAGGAUCAAUAAUGACAACUUUCCUUCUCGUUGCGGCGUGCUCGAUUGUCCACUAGUGCAUACCCUUGUGUUGAAGCUUGGAAAAUUUUCAGCUAUAAUUCCGAAUGACUUCUUUAAAGGCAUGGAGGAGGCAAGAGUUUUAGAUUUGGAAAGCAUAUCCUUGGAGCUCCCAUCAUCAAUUUUGGAGUUGCAUCAUCUUCGAAUGUUACGUCUAAGCAAUUGCAAAUUAUUGGGAGACUUGACUACAAUUCAAAAUUUAAAAAAUCACAUUAAGAUACUUAGUUUUGAGGGAUUUGAGAUAGAAGAGUUGCCACAAGAAAUUGGAGAAUUGAUUUGUUUACGGUCUUUGAAACUGGAAAGGCCCAAAGUGAUUCCAAAGGAUGUGAUAUCCAAAUUGAUCCAUCUAGAAGAGUUGUAUGUCUUAGGCACCUUUAUUGGAUGGGAUACCACCGUAGAUGGUAAGGGAAUGAGCAAUGCGAGUAUUGCUGAGUUGAAAUCAUUGACUCAAUUAACAGUUUUAUAUGUGCGUAUUUCAGCAGAAAGUUUCAAGAUUAUGGUGCAAGAAUGCCCCAACUUAUUUCAGAAAUUGAUUAGUUUUGCAAUAUUAAUAAACCUUCCCCCCAACAGUUAUAUGUUUCGUAUGCAAACCUUGAAUGUUUUGGAAAUUCAUGAUAUUCAUCGUAUAGAUGAUGAAUUUCACCUCUUGAUGGACAAAGUUAAUGUGUUGUGGUUGAAGAGGAUUCCGCACUUGGAAGGGCUAUUCUUACAUGGCAAGCCACAACUAAAGUUUAUAGCAAGUGGUGGGGGACCUUUUAGUAAAUUAACCGCUUUAAAUAUUUGUGAUUGUAACGGUAUGAAAUUUCUCUUUACCUCCUCCAUCGCCAGAGCACUCCAACAACUUAAAACACUAGAAGUAUCGCGUUGUAGCAAAAUGGAACAAAUAAUUGGAGCAGUAGAUGAUCAUCACGAAGAGAGAGUUGCAAUUGAUGAAACAAUUAUUUUCAGUCGAUUGGUGUACUUGAGAUUGUUGGAACUUCCAGAAUUUAAAAGCUUCUACUCCAAAAUAGAGAAGACAACAACUGAGAAAAACCUUUCAAAUUUUACCGCAACAGCAGAAUCUAUUUUUGAUGAAAAGGUUCUUUUUCCCGUCUUAACACAUUUGAAGAUUUUCGGGUUAUCAGUGGAAUAUAUUUGGAACAAGCAAGCGAUUCAAUCUCCAAAAAGAUCAAACAAAGUAUCUUUUUCUCAAUUGAAGGAAGUUUAUGUUCAUAAUUGUGAUACUUUGGUACAUGUGUUCCCUUCAAAUAUGCUCUCACGAUUGCAAAAUUUGGGGAUAUUAGAGGUUGAAAAUUGUCCUUGUUUGACAUUGUUAGUUGAAGACCUCAAUCCUAAUAUUCAAAGUCUUACAAUUAAAUCUAAAUUCAAUGAUGUGUUCCCAAAGUUGAUAGCAAGUGGUGGGGGACCUUUUAGUAAAUUAACCUCUUUAAAAAUUUAUGGCUGUCACGGUAUGAAAUUUCUCUUUUCCUCCUCCGUCGCCAGAGCACUCCAGCAACUUCAAACACCAGAAGUAGAGUGUCGUAAUAAAAUGAAACAAAUAAUUGGAGUAGUAGAUUGUCAUCAUGAAGAGAAAGUUGCAACUGAUGAAGCAAUUAUUUUCAGUCAAUUGGUGGACUUGGAAUUGAGGGAACUUUCACAAUUCAAAAGCUUCUACUCUAAAAUGGAGAAGACAACAACUGAGAAAAACCUUUCAAAUUUUACCGCAACAGCAGAAUCUAUUUUUGAUGAAAAGGUUCUUUUUCCCGUCUUAACACAUUUGAAGAUUUUCGGGUUAUCAGUGGAAUAUAUUUGGAACAAGCAAGCGAUUCAAUCUCCAGAAAGAUCAAACAAAGUAUCUUUUUCUCAAUUGAAGGAAGUUUAUGUUCAUAAUUGUGAUACUUUGGUACAUGUGUUCCCUUCAAAUAUGCUCUCACGAUUGCAAAAUUUGGGGAUAUUAGAGGUUGAAAAUUGUCCUUGUUUGACAUUGUUAGUUGAAGACCUCAAUCCUAACAUCCAAAGUCCUACAAUUAAAUCUAAAUUCAAUGAUGUGUUCCCAAAGUUGAUAGCAAGUGGUGGGGGACCUUUUAGUAAAUUAACCUCUUUAAAAAUUUAUGGCUGUCACGGUCUGAAAUUUCUCUUUUCCUCCUCCGUCGCCAGAGCACUCCAGCAACUUCAAACACCAGAAGUAGAGUGUCGUAAUAAAAUGAAACAAAUAAUUGGAGUAGCAGAUUGUCAUCGUGAAGAGAAAGUUGCAACUGAUGAAGCAAUUAUUUUCAGUCAAUUGGUGGACUUGGAAUUGAGGGAACUUUCACAAUUUAAAAGCUUCUACCCCAAAAUGGAGAAGACAACAACCGAGAAAAACCUUUCAAAUUUUACUGCAACAGCAGAAUUUAUCUUUGAUGAAAAGGUUCUUUUUCCCGUCUUAACACGUUUGAAGAUUGAUAAGUUACCAGUGGAAUAUAUUUGGAACAUGCAAGCGAUUCAAUUUCCAGAAAGAUCAAACAAAAUAUCUUUUUCUCAAUUGGAGGAUGUUUAUGUUCACAAUUGUGAUACUUUGGUAAAUGUGUUCCCUUCAAAUAUGCUCCCACGAUUGCAAAAUUUGGGGAUAUUAGAGGUUGAAAAUUGUCCUUCUUUGACAUUGUUAGUUGAAGACCUCAAUCCUAACAUCCAAAGUCCUACAAUUAAAUCUAAAUUCAAUGAUGUGUUCCCAAAGUUGAUAGAUCUUCGGUUAGAUAAUCUUCCCAAGUUGAUGAAAACAUGGCUUAGUGAUGAGGACUACUGCUCCUAUGAUAAUUCUGUCAAUUUACACCUAAAAAGGAUAUCAAUUACAGAUUGUGGCAGUUUGAGACAAGCAUUUUCAACUUUUGUUGCUAGACAUCUUGUGCGCAUCCAAUAUUUAUGCAUAAAAGGUUGUCCCAGAAUGGAAGUGAUAGUGUCGGAGGCCAGGGGAGAAGGAAAGAUCGAUGAUGGUACAAUUAAGUUCAAUGAAUUAGAAGAAUUGUGGCUUGAAGAUUUACAAAAUCUUAGAAGUUUUUAUGAGUCCAAGUUUGAAGCACCACGUUUAUUUAAUUACCAGGAUGUUUGCCCCAACGUGAAAACUCUCUGUUUGAGAGACCUUAAAAGCACAAGAGAGAUACAACUUUGGGAUCUAGAUAGCACACAAGAACAUCUACACAAAGUGAGAUUAAUCGGAUGUCAAGUCUCGACCAAGGUUUUAUCUCAUCAUUUGAGGCGAAGCUUUAGAAUAAUCAAUCAUUUACACUUAGAGAAUUGUCAGGGGUUCAAACAUGUUAUUGAUUUUGACAGCACAAUAAGCGUUUGUGAGGAGCUGGUUGUUGAUGUGGAAAGAUUAAUGCUCAUUGACUUACCUGAGUUGGUGUUUCUGUGGAACAAGAAUCUUCGUGAAAUUGAGGGCCUUCGAAACUUGAAGUACAUAAAUAUCCGUAAGUGUCCUCAAAUGAAAAGUCUGCUUACACAUUCCAUGGCUACGACUCUUCAACACCUAAAGAAGCUAGUGGUGGAGUAUUGUGAAAUGAUGGAAGAGAUUAUUAUUAUUAUUGAAGAGAAUAAUGGUAAUAUUGCAGGGGAAGAAAAGGCAACUUGGCAGAUUGAAUUUUUAAAAUUAGAAUAUUUGAUUUUAAUUGGCCUACCAAACCUCAAAAACUUAUGCAAUGAUGAGAGAGGUUCUUUUAGCUUUUCAUCAUUGCGCGGAGUUGGUGUGAAGAAUUGUCCAAAAAUGAAGACCUUUGUUUCUGGACAAAUUUGUUUGGUGCCGAGGAUGAUGCGAGCCGUGGUAGGAGAUGAAAUGGUUGAAAUCACAAAUCUUAAUGCAUAUUUUGAGACCAGGAACCACAUGAGGAAAAUCAUACAUUGGGGAGAUAGCAGCUUCAACCGGAAUGAAUAUACGCUAGAAGAUUUCUUUGAUACUAACAAAAUUAUGAAUCACAUAUAUUGGAGAGAUGGCUCCGAGAGUGAAUUUGAGAGGGACUCAGAGAGUGAAUCUGAGAGGGACUCAGAGAGUGAAUCUGAGAGUGAAGAGUAAAUCAUGGAACACAUAUAAUGGUUUUGAUGCAAAUCUUAAACACGGUUCUAAUGCAGAUUUGAUGAAGAAAACCCUAUUUAUAAGGUGAGCAAUUCAAAAUCGAUGACGAUGAUGAUAAAUUAAGUCCAUGGGUGCUAUUUGAUAGGUAACUUUGAAUUAUUUUCCCUACGAUGAUCUAUAUUUAUAGAGUUUUGUUGUGAGUUGUUGCUUUGUUGUUUUCUUAAGGUAUGGGUGUUUGCUAGAUUGCUUUUGGGACAUUGUGCACGUGUGGUUACAUAUACAUAUAUAUUGUUCAUGAUGUUGAUACAUGUAAUGAAGGAUUCAUUUCUAUUAUUAAAAUAAUUAUAACAAAGUGUGUGCUUUCUUUGAACUUUUAAUUGCAGAAUUUGUUAUAAAUUUGGUUUGUAUAACAAUAUUAAGCAUUUUUGUUUA